AUGGUCGAAGGUGCACCAAAUGCGCCGGCCCCAAGCAAAUUGAUCUUCAUUCACGAGGUAGCAUCACUUCCUGCAGCGAGCAAGGUGAGACUAUUAGGCUGUAUCGUACAAUACGAUGCCGUCAGAGGUCGAAUCCUUCUCGAGCAUGCCUACCCGAGAAACGCCAGCCCGACUCCUCGGAUCUGGGUUGAUAUAAAUCUUGUCCUUGAAAAUGUGAGACCGCCUUUUCUGGAUCCAGGCACUUGGAUCAACGCAACUGGAUAUAUUCGGGCGUCGACGCCACCGACCAGAAAAGAGAGUGUAAAAGGGUUGCAGAAUGGACAUGACACGAUAUUCGUGCAAGCCGUCUUGAUCUGGGAUGCAAUUGCCGUCCGAAUAGAAGACUAUGAAGAUAUUCUAGAGGAACAGAGACGUGUGCAGCGACAAAUUGAGUCGGAUCGCAGUUGA